AUGGAUCGUCAAACAGACAGAAAUUCGACUGCUGGCAACACCAGCAGCCAGUCUGGUGACGAUGAAAUUGCGGCUAUUUACCAUUCUAACGCACUCCGUGGCUCGCGUCACCAACCCCAUGGUGAUGUGAGUCAGGACACCCGUCCUAACAUCUACGGGACUGGUCCUCACGCAGGCUGGGGAUCCUAUUUCGACAGACAAGAGCCACUCUUCCGGCCCAAUGACUGGGAAUACCCGGGACUUGCACUGCCCAUGAACGACUACGGAGUACCAGUCGAUUCUCCAGGGGCGGCUCCCCAUACAUGGCCUAACCAUCACACGAGCUGCAACCACACAGGGCAGCACCAGGGCCUGGGCCCUCUUACACUUGAGCCCGACUAUAGCUACAUUGGGGGACGACUUCAGUACCCGGUCCUCUCCCCAUACCACAGUAACCACCAGGAGGGGGUGGCGCCUCACCACUGGAGCACCACUCCCGUUGGAGGGAACGAGUACACGAUCCGCAAUCAGCCCGGCCACGGCCAUCAUCACAGCCCUUCUCCCAUUGAGAUAAACUACCAGCUGUGGGAUUCCCGACGAUAUCCUUCGUAUGCCGACGCCAUGUCCGCCCACCCGCUGUCCGCCCACCCUCAUCCCCUGAGAUCAAACUCCGUGGCUCGGCCGCCCCAUGGUUACCAGCCCGAGCCUCUCGGCCAGCCGAUGCGGCACAGCCAUCACGAGAGCGAGACCGCGCGACGCCGCGACGAAGACCAGAUCUGGGACCACGUGCGACUGGUAGGCCGUCGCAACGCCGAAGCGGCGGUCAGCAGCCAGCUGAGACGCCUGAGUCUUGGGGAGCUCGCUCUUCACCACCAGGAGGAGGUAACGGUAACUCAGCGAGGCGGCGGCGGCGGCGAAGACUCCCAUGGCUCAUCGUCUUCGGGGGCGCAGAGCGCCAGCACCCCCAGCAGCAGCGACAGCGAUGGGAGCAGCAACGAUGACGACGACCCUGCCGACGAGCCAACCAUCCCAGUGCCGCCGAACAGCCCAUCGCCCGAGGGCAGCACGAUAUCGCAAUCCACCGACAGCGCGGAAAACCAGGAUGCGCUCCGCCGAGUUCUUCAGCAGGACGCACUCGACGGUGUCGAGAGAAUCCUGGCGAUCCUGCCGCGUGCUCCUCCGCCUCCGCCUCCGCCUCCCCCAACCCCGAGCCCCCACCCGCGCGCCUUGCGCCACGGUCGCUCGCCCCUGCGCUGCGUCACGACCAUCAGGUAUAGGAGAACCACGAGGUCCGACGUCCGGGGCGUCCGGGUGACGGUCGAGGAAGACCUCGAUAUCGAGUACCACGACGAGGGGCAAGGGGGGCAUGCUGGCGAGCCGGCCGAGGAUGGAGACACUCGUUCUGACUCUGGCGGCGGGGGGCAGACCGCCGUAGACCGUCGGCCGAGUGCCGAACCCAGCACCGAUGGUCUGGGGGGCCACGAGAGCCAGCAGAAGGGGACGACGACGACGACGGCCACCACCGACGGCACCAGACGCAGCCAGCAGGGGGGAUCCCGUGCCGAACCCAGCACCAAAGCCGGGCCGCCACGAGAACGUGGUGACAUUCUCGCUGCCGAACCCAGCACCGAUGGGGAGCAGCCACGAGAACGAGUUGACAUUCUCGGUGCCGGGCCUCCCUCGACACCUAGCCCCCGUAACGUUAUCCACGAACGGCGCAGCGAGCCAACCGACGACGAGACGGAUGUCCUGCUUGGACACGAUGACGACGCGGACCUGCGUGCCGCAGAAAAAACCCUCCGCCGGUUCGCCCGGCUCAUCGCUAGCCAGCGCGGGCAACUCGCUUCGGAUAUUGAUCCCUCGUCAUCUAGUCGGGCUGGUCCUUCGACGCACCUAUCGCCAGCACGGGAUAACGGUGUUCAGUCGCGGGAGACGGCGGUCGGCGCAGAUACUGCCACCGGGGAGGCUUCGCAGAACCGCGAUGAGCCCGUCACCGGUACCAGUACCGCUACCGAGACGGGGGAUGCCACGACUACUCGUCCAUCUCCGUGGACGGGACAGCCGCACAGCGGGGACGCCUUCUGGCGCGACUUGAUGUUCCGAUGGUCGUGGGGCGGCAGGUUUAUCUUCGACAAGACCGGAAGAAAGAAGCAGAUCGGGAAUGCGUUCCCGCCCAUGAUAGUAAAUGCCCUGCUUGGGAAUAUACGGGUAUAUCGAAAGCGUGCGGGCAAGGAUAAUAUUGCCGCGCCCUUACCCUUAAAGGUUGCCAAAACUGCAGCCCAUACCGAGACCGGCGGCGGCCAUGCUGAGGUAGAGGGAGAUGCCGGCGCUGUUCAGGCCACUACUGACGCUCGAGACCAUGACUUCAAGAAGCACAUGUCUCUUGACUUCGACUUUGACAACAAUGCCGGAGGUGGAUGGGGCCAAGGCUCGGCUUCGACACACCACCUCCCUCACCUGCAGGUGCUCCGAGGUCGACGGACAGCCACACAUCACACGAAACAACUGCUGGUCAGCCAGUACAAGCGGAAAAAGAUCACUUUGCAGACACCCCGAAAGCGUUCGAAGCAGCUGUCUUUCCGCCAUUCAAUUCAAACCAAUCGAGGUCCCGGCAACGAAAGCUACGAGAACAGAUCAGCCGAUAACGACACCGCCCUGACGCACCAGUCAAUCACGAUACCGCCCAAGACGAACCAGUCGACCAUGGAGAACGCAGUCAACGCGAACGCCACCAUGGAGACUGCAGGCAACGAGAACGUCUUCAUCAAGACCGAAUACGACGAGGACGCUGGCAUGGAGGCCGCAGGCAGUCGACAACGAUGA